UUAGUCGGGCACGCUUCAAGGAGGGACCUACACAAUGUCCGCCGAACGCAACGUUCCUCGCUUUAUGAUACUGGCUUGCCCUAGGUCGCUGUGGUCGCGUUAGCUGCUUUAGAAUCCCGGCUGUUAUAUCUGCGCCCUGGAAAUGGGCGCCUCGAGCAGCAAGGCGGAUUCCUCGGUCACUCGGGCCACUUCGCGACAUAGCGGCAGCAUCGACAAGGUCCUAAAAGGACUUGGACGCUCGGAUGUACGCGCCGUGGCCACCGAGGCUAGCGCUGGUCUUGAAAAAAAGGGCGAUGCCGAGGGCCUGACCGCAUUCGUUGAGUCGCAGGCCACGGCCGGCGUUUCCUUGCGGUGGCUCUGCCAUUUCCACGCCAACAGCUGCUCUGACCCCGGUGCAUGCGUCGCCCGGGUGUUUGCGGAGGAGCUGAGCGAGAAAGAGUCAGCUGACAUCGCGGAAUGUGCCGACGCGAACCUGCUGGUGCUGGUGCAUCCCAGCACGCCGUGGCUGGCGUUGCUACGAGCUUUGCUUAACCACAUGCGAUGCGACCUGAAGCAGGCGCUGAAAGCAGUGGCCCUUUCCGAUGUCGCGAGGUCACCGACCGCCUCGCGGCCAGCUCCGGGCUGCAGCACAGCGCGGAGCAGCGUCGAGGCCGCGGCUUGCUGGGGCCUGGACGCUGGCGCAGGCGCGGGCCCCGACUUGGCCCUAUACCACACGUAUGUACACCUGGACUUCUUGACCAACCCCUCGGAGAACAGCACCACCGGCCGCAGCAGCCGCGGCGGCCGCCCCUGGGGGCUAGGGCUGGAGGCGGCGCUGGCGGGUGCGGCCGGGCAGCCGGCGGUGCUGGUGGUGGUAGACUCGGCAGGCGCCAUCUUCAGGGAUCCCCGCGGCGCGCGGGCGCUCGCCGCCGCCCUGGCGGCACUGGGGCACUUGCCGCCGCCGAGCCCCGCAGCACCGCCGCACGCCGAUGGCACGACCGGUGGGGCUGCCACGCCGCUUGCGGCGGCGGCGGCGGCAGGUGACGGACACGAGGAUGCGCAAGGGCUGGGCGGCGGCCACGUGGGCGGCGGCGGCGCGCCGGGGCGGUUGCAGCUGGCCUCCGCGCUGCCGCCCGCCGACAUGGAGGGCGUCAUCCGCGGCUUUGGCGCCCUGCCAGUGGCGCUAGCAGCCGCCGGUGGGCACCCGCAGCCGCAGCCUCCGCCGCAGCCGCAGCCGCAGUCGCAGUCGCAGCCGCAGGCGGUGGUGCUGCCGCGUCCGUGCGCGGUGGUGGGCGACCUGUUGGCGGCGGCGCGGCAGCAGUACCAGCAGUACCUGCCCGUGCUGCACGGCGCCGCCCUGUACCACAGCCACAGCCACGCCCUGUGCGACGGCAGUGGCACGGCAGCGCUGGAGCGCCAGGGCACAAGCGGAGUGCUGAUGUCGCCGCCGCCGGCAGCAGGGGCGCCGCGGGUGCCGGCGGCGCCGGCUGGCGGCGGCGGCACGCCACCGGUGACGCCGCCAGGACAACUAGCACUGGGGGCGUCACCGCUCAAGCCGCAAAGCGUCUCUGUGGGCAUGGGCGUCGCGGGCACCGCGGGUGUUGCUGUCGCCCCAGCGCUGUUGCCGGGUCAGCCAGACAUGGGCGACGGCCCGGUGCGCGGCGACGGCCCCGGCAGCGAGAAGGGCAUCGCGCAGCUGCCAGGGGGCGGCACAGCGGUGGCGGCGGCGUCAGCGCCGGCGGACAUGAUGCUGAUGACGGCGGCGGCGCCGCCGCCGCCGCUGCUGCUGGCGGUGUCCCUCCCGGGUGCCGGCCCCGGCAUGGGCGGCCGGACGGGCUCGCGGAGCGGCUGCGCGCUGUCGGCCGCGGGGGCGCCGCCGGGCCCGCCGCCGCCGCCGCCGGGGGUGCUGGUGGGCCGCGGCGUCUCCGUGCGGCGGUCGGUGUCGUUCAACAGCGGUGGCGACCACGCCAUGCCGCCGGUGUCGGGUGAGUCGGCCCUGGGCGGCGCGGGGGCGCUACUAGGCCUGGAGGUGGUGAGCGUGGCCGCCGGCACCGCGCCCGGCGGCAUCGGGCCCGCCUCCGGCCCGGCGGCAUGCCUGGUGCAGUCGCUGACGCCGCCGGUCACGUCGGCCGCGCUGUCGCAGCUGUCGCAGCAGCAGCAACCGCCGCCGCUUCUGAAGCAGCACUCACAGCGGGCAGCGCCGCGCGCCGACCCGCCCCCCGUGCGGUACGGCUCCUUCAUGGAUCUGGCGGCGGCGCCGCUCACCGCCGGCGGCACGGCCCACGCCUCGACGAUUGACUCGUCGACCUCGUCCUCCCGGGGCGACGCCUUCACCGCCCUCACCUCGCCAGCCGCCGCCGCCGCCGCCGCGCCCACCGCGACGGCGCUGGAGGCCCUCCAACUGGCCAACGGCUCCAUCGCCAGCGCGGCGCCGCCGGGGCCCGACCAGCAGCUGGUGACGCAGCUGGCGCCGUACGCGGUGGAGGCGGCGCGGCGCUACGCCGCGCUUCUGGAGGCGGCGGGGCUGUGGCGGCCGGCGGCGGCGGCGCUGGAGGCCUGCCUGGCGGCGGCGGCGGCGCGGUGGGGGCCGCGCAGUGUGGGGCUGGCGGGGCUGCUGGCCCAGCUGGGUCGGCUGCAGCAGCUGCAGGGGCUGCAUGUGGAUGCCGAGGUCACCUGGCGCCAGGCUCUGGAGGCGUUGGAGCGCGCGCACGGCCCCCGCACGCCGCCCGCGCUGGCGGGGCAGGUGGCGCUGGCGGAGGUCCUCGCCAGCCUGGCCGGUGUGGGCGUCGGCGCCGGCGCCAGCCUGGUCGGCAGCGGCGCAAGCGGCGGCGGUGGCGGUGGCGGGGGUGGGCAGCAGGCGGCGGCGCAGGCGGAGGCGUUGCUGCGGGGCGCAAUGGCGGCGCUGGAUACCGCGCUGGGCCCGGCGGCGGCGGAGACGCUGGCGGCGAAGCGGGCCCUGGGCGGCUUCCUGGUGGGCGCACGGCGCUGGAUGGAGGCGGAGGUUGUGCUUCAAUCGCUGCUGGAGGCGGAGGAGGGGCCGGAGGGCAGCUUAGCGCGCGCGCUGCUGUCGCCGCAGCUGACGCAGCUGGCGCAGCGUCCGUCGAUGCUGCGGCGUGCCAGCACUUCCCUGCUGAUGUUUGGCGAGAGCGGCAGCGGCAGCGGCAGCGGCGGCGGCGGCGGCGGCAUGGGGAGGGCUCCGUCAAGGAACCCAUACCGCCAUUCGCCGGCCUCGAUUGGGGUGGCUGCAGCUGGCACUGUUGUGGUCGGCGGCGCCCGCCUUAGCAGCGAGGUCGAGGGCGGCGGCAACGAGCCUGCUGGCGGCGUCACUCGCACUGACUCACGGCGGCAGCGUGUGGCCUGGGCCAUGGAUGCCGGCUCCGGCAACGGCAGCGACGCCGCCGGCGCGGCGGACGCAGGGGUGGUGUCUGGCGGCGGCUCCGCCGCCGCCUCGCCGUCCGCCGCCUCCGGCCCCGCGGCCGGCAGCGGCUCCGGCGCCGCGGGCCGCCGCCGCGGGAGCGCGCUCGCCGCCUCCGCCUCGGACAGCGUCGCCGCCGCGGCGCUGCAGGCGCUAUCGCCGCCGUGGCAGGCGCAGGCUGCCACCGCCGCUGCCGCCGCGGCUGCCGCUGCUCCAGCGGGCGGGCCGCAGCCCGGUGCCGCCGACCCGAUCCUGUGGUCGCACGACGCCGCGGCACUUGCUGACGUCAUCGCCGCCGUACAGCGCGAGUACGGCGGCGUCAACCAGCUGUACGACGACCUCGACACCACGUCGAACGGCGCCAGUACGGGCUGGCGGCAGCCGCCGUACGGCGAGGAGAGCCCGGGCCCGGGCCCGGGUGAGAGCCGCGCCUGUUCCUUUAACGGCGGCUGCGUGAGCGAAGGCGUGCGGCUGCGGCGGCUGACGGACGCAGAGGCGCUUUACGCGGCCGCGCUGCGCGUGCGGCGCGCGGCGCUGGGGCCGAACCACCCGCAGACGGUGGAGCUGCAGCUGCGGCACGUGCGGCACCUGGCGCUUGCUGGCGAGCACGCCGCCGCCGAGGCCGCCUGCCGCGCCGCGCUGAAGUCCGUGCCGCGGCUGUCGCAGGGCUGCCCCUGCAGCUGCGACAGCGAGGCGGCUGGGGCUGGGGCUGGGGCUGGGGAAGGAGGAGCGGGUGGGGUUGUAGGAGGCGAGCAUGGCAGUGAGCGGGGCCGCCUGCCGCACACGAGCGAGGUGUCAGCGCGCCUGGCGUUGGGGUUGGUGCUGGCGGCGGCGGGCGCGCUUCCGGCUGCCGCGUCAGCGCUGGCGGCGGCGGCCGCGACGGCGGAGCUGCUGGUGGCGGCGGGCGAGAUGGCGGCGGCGGACGGGCGGCGGAUCGACGCCCUGGAUGCGCUGGCGGCGGUGCAAUGGCAGCGCGUGACGGCGGCGGCGCCAGGCGUGGCGGCGGCCGGCGCCGCUGCCAAGCCGCUGACGCGCGGCGGCAACACGGCUGUGUUGGAGCUCGGCCCUGGCGGCGGCGGCGGCGGCGGCGCGGGCAGCCCCAGCCCGAGCCCCAGCCCCAGCUUGGGCGUUGCCGCCGCGGGUGGUGCUGAUGCCUUGAGCUCCGGCGGGCCGCUGCGGCCCGGCAGCGCCGCGCUGCUCGCCGCGGCAGCCUCGGCGGUUCUUAGCGGCCCGCCGGCCCCUGCUGCUGCCGCCGGAUCAUGCUCACCAGGAGGUGAGCUGCAGCCCGAAUCGCAGCAACAGCCCCAGCAGCCCCAGCAGCAGCAGCAGCAGCAGCAGCAGCAGCAGCAGCAGCAGCAGCAGCAACAGAUGGAUGUGCGGGCGUUGCUGGAGCGCGCGAUUGACGCCAAGCGGCAGGCGCUGCAGCUGGCGGCGGUCAGCUGCGGCGGGCAGCACGAGCGGCUGAUGCGCGGCUGGGUGGUGCUGGGGCAGAUGCACGAGGCGGCGGGCGAGCUGGCGGCGGCGGAGCGCGCCUUUGCGGCCGCGGGCGAGGUCGCGCUGUACCGGCACGGCCGCCUGUCGGCGGCGACCAAGGCCGUGUUCCGGCACCUUCAGCGUGUGUACGGCGGGCAGGGCCGCAGCGCGGACGCCCAGGUUCUGGGCCACAUGUACCGCCUCACCGGCGGGCUGCUGUCGCGCAGCACUGGGCAGCUGGUGCGGUGAGGUGGCGGGAGGAGGAGGAGGAGGAGGAGGAGGAGGAGGAGGAGGAGCAGGAGGCUGGGGCGAAGGGCGGAGGCAGCAGGGGGCGGCUGGCUGCAGCGGUGUGUAGGUGGCUGCGUAUGUAAAGCGCACAGGCAUUCGAAUGGCGGGGGGAUGGUGUGUUGGGCUGCUGACGGCGAGCCUGUCAGAGCUUCAGUCCACAGCGCCAAGCAGGCACGCAGGCUAGGCUAACAAAGUAGCAAAUAGUUAAGCAUGAGCUGGUGGAGUGGGUUUGAUGUGUCCGACGCGUGGCCGUGCGGCCAUUGCUAGCUAGGCAGUCUUGUUGAACGCAAUCCGAUCGCUGUCAUGACACGGGCAGCGUUUAUUGAUGAAGCUGGCUUCCCUGCGGCGUGUAGGAGUAAACGCAUAGCACAUGCGCACUCGCAACACAGCGUUGGCAACAUUCCGGUUGAGUUUGCGAACUUGAGGUUGUGGCAUGCGUGCGGAGCGCCGCGCCUGGUGGCAUUUACAAUUGCUUUUGAAAUCGGGGUGAUCUGUUCUGGCGCACGGUCUCGCUUCUGCACCACCGCAAGGUGACUGUCGUCUGUCGCACGUCGCCACACCCCUGAUUACUAAGUAUAUGAUUGUCUGCUCGCCAUGUAAACUAUAUAAUGGUUUGGACACUCGUAUGCGCGCGAUGUAUGGAUGUGGCCAUGCGUGCUGAGCUAACGCUGCGGAGACAGGGCUGCGAGGUGGCGGGCACGCGAGAGCGUGCUUGUGCGGGCGCGUGGGUACCACAGCGCGCCUGUCCACGUCCUUUCCUUUGCGUUCAUGCUGCUUAGAGCAGUCGUGCGCUGACGCUGCUGAUGGUCAAAGGGUCACCGGCAAGUGAUGACCGAGCACCGGCGACUGCCACUCGGGCGCUGUGGCAAGGGGCAGGCGGAUGCAGGGUGCCGGUGGCUGCUGGGUCUGUCAAGCAGAGUCGCGAAGCGCUUGAUGACGGGUAUACCGUGACUGCUCCUGUCGGCGGCAGAAGAUGGAUAGCUCACUUGCAAUGCGGAAUGGACUAUUAUGCCCGAGGCCAUGAUGAGAUAACCGGCAUCAAGCUGAUGGUUGGCUGGCUGCGCGGCCUGGGCGUUGGGAGGAGCCAGCGGGCCGGUGCGGUGCUGUGCAGGUGUGGUUGCACUCGUGGCUUCUCGGAAAGAAGAACCUUGUUGCGAUGCACUCUUUUGCGAUGCGCUCGUGAUAUUGGAAUGGACUCAAUAAUGAUAAACUCGAUGCGUGUGAACUACUGCUACCUAUGGCAUGUGAGGGGACAGAGCCCGUGCCGGCGAGUGGCCCCUGCAGCGUUGUGGGGGGGGGGGCUGCAGUUAACAGCAUGCUCUUACAAUGUUUGCAACCGCGCGCCAUUUGAACCGCGCGCGGAUGCAUGCCCGUUGUUGUUUGGGUUGCAUACACAAGCAUGCAUGCACUGUGAGGAUCGACAUCCAUUUUAGGAGGAGCGUUGUGGUCGCGGGACGGAGGAAUGGCAUGUGGGGGGCUGCCUCUUAGACGCAGUUGCUUUGGUGCGUUAUGUGAGACUUCAUGCGAAGCGGCUCGGGGCUGGAUGCGGGUGGUCUAGUAAAAAACAGGGCGGUACUUGGGCAAAGGUGUUUGGGCACGGCUGCUCGUUUGGCUCAUGUGGCGCGUUCGUCAGGAGAAGUAGCAGGGACGCCUGCAGUUCUGCAUCAAUGUAUGUAACGUGUAAACUGUUCGACUUGACUCCAGUGCACAGUAUUGUGCGUCCUCAGCCGCCUCGAGCAGGCUUGGCAUAGGGCAAUGGGAAUCGAAUGGUUGACCGUUAACGGCCGACCGCGGUCGCCAGAAGUGCAGCGUACCGGCUGAUGUUAAGUGGGCAAUCAGCGGUGGCGCCGUGGCGGGGCCGCGAGAGCCGGGAGGGGAGCUGGGAGUAUGCAUGUUUCGCGGUGCAUCGGAUGCCUAGACGCAGUCGGCCAGUGUUGCUUUGCUCAAAGCACGCUGGCGCAAUGCCCACCAUGCCAGCUGCAUGGGGCGUGGACAGACUGGGCAUCGUCUCCU